AUGCUUCUGGGGACCUACGGUAUUGACAUUCGAAUGUUGACCACAAAACUAAAACAAAAGCACAUUGCUGAUAAUGACGAAGAUGAGAAUUCCGUUUUAGGCUUUCCUUUGCAAAAAUGCCAAACGCUUUGUGUACGUUCUCCCUACACUAUGAAAUUUGAUUUUGAAAUUAAGUUUUCAAAAAAUAAUCUGAAGGACAUGAAUAUUGAGGUAGACUAUCUAUCAAGGGAAGAAUGUUGUUCUAUUAGUACCAGGAAAUACCUAGCCUUCUGUCACAAUCGUGAUGAUAUUUAUGAAAUAUGA